AUGUUGGCUCGCUCAAUCAUCUCUCUCGUGGCAGUAGUCUCAAGGGCUAAAGCAGCCGUCAUCGAGCCGCGGGCUACUACAACCACUUUGGUCACUAGCACCAGCACCAGCACGGGGCCGAAUUGGUUCCAGACGAGUCCAGAAUCAUAUGCAGGGGCUGUAGAAACUGGUAUCGCUCCGUUCCUCGUCGAGGUCAACCCAGUCACCUUCUCAGGUGUCAGCUAUGCUCCCAACUCCCCAUUGCAGACAUCGGAACCUAUCAAGGGUGCUAAUGGACGAGACAUAUUCCAUAUCAUGGGCAAUGAAGGCCCCUAUCACUCGCCCGAAGAAGGCUUUGGGGUAGACGAAUACCCUCUUCCCAAGGGCGCUAACAUUACUCAGAUGCAUAUGUUGCACCGCCAUGGAUCCCGGUAUCCCGGUGACAACAGUCUUAGUACCUGGGCGGCAGAAAUCGCCAAUGCGACCGCCAGUACUAGAUUCACUGGAGAACUGGCUUUUUUUAACGACUACACAUACAGCCUAGGGGAGAAUUCUCUAGUUCCACUUGGUCGCCAGGAACUGUUCGAAAGUGGCGUGCUAAACUGGUAUAACUACGGCCAAUUAUACAAUAAUAGCACUAAGCUUGUCGCUCGCACCACUACAUCCGAUCGGAUGUUAAAGAGCGCUGAGAACUUUUUAGCUGGCUUCUUUGGACUAGAGUGGACAGAGAAUGCAAAUCUCCUUCCGAUCAUUGAGGAGGCGGGGUUCAAUAACUCCCUCAUCGGUACAUAUGGGUGUGCCAAUGCACUUACGUAUCAGGAAUCAUCAGCGAUGGCCUUACCAUAUAAGGAGUGGGAAGCUAUAUACCUCAAAGACCGAACUAUCGCACUCCAGCAGUGGGCCGGUGACUACAACUGGACCACUAGCGAUUCUUAUAACGCCCAGAUGCUAUGCAGUGCCGAAACAGUCGCUUUGGGCUGGAGUGAGAUCUGCCAGCUAUUUACCUAUGAGGAGUGGGAAGGGUUUGCAUACUAUUCGGAUCUAUCGUUCGCUCAGACGGUUGGAUUCCAGAGCCCCACCGGUCGUGCCCAGGGAAUUGCCUGGGUAGAAGAAUUCAUCGCACGUAUCGAGGGUCAUCUCCUUGAGAAUACCGAAACCGACGCUAAUAUGACCCUCGAUACUAACCCAGAGACCUUCCCUAUCCAAAGCCUUUAUCUGGACUUCACCCACGACGGCGGAAUCGUUACUACUCUAACAGCCCUUGGCUUUGAGCAGUUUAAGGAGCUUCUGCCCGGAUCCGGACCCCCCGCCAACCAUCAAUUCCAGAGCAGUAAAAUCGUUCCAUUUGCCGGUCGCAUGAAUAUUGAGAUCAUCAAGGCCCCCGGUAUGGUUUCCACGAAGCGCAGUACCAAGGAACGCAAUGCCAAGGAUGUAUACGUCUCUGGCACGAAUGAAACCACCUACAUCCAUGUUCUGCUAAACCAGCGCACUGUGCCCUUACACGCUAGUUUCUCAGCCUGUGAAUACCGAGACGAUGGUUGGUGUGAGCUCGACACCUUCAUGAGGAUCCAGAAGGAGAGUCUGGAAAAAUCGAAAUUCGAUUAUACGUGCAAUGGAAAUUGGACCUAUGGCGGAUUCGGCACUGUCACUGAUGGUGUUCCUACUUAG